ACGACGCGUGUGCUUGUGUAGUGUGCACUUGUGUGCGACUAGUGUGGUGGCCAGCGUUGUGGAGUUCUCGACGAUGACGUUGCGUCGAGGAUCAUUGAGCUCGUGAAAAUAUCGGUGAACGUUCUCGCACUCCUGCUGGAAACGACGACAGAGAGUAGAGAGGAAGCUUGUAGGUCCGAGGUAUACGUCAACCAUCGACAGCACGAUGUUGACGCGAGCGAAUCCGGACACCAACCUUUGCCGCGUCUGCUUGACCGUGGAUCACAACAAUCAGUGCAUCUUCCGCGGGAACUGGGACGAUCCGGAGGGGCCUUCCAGGUCCGAGAAAUUGCAGCUAUGCUGCGGUGUGGAGGUCCUGGAGGAUGAUGGGCUGCCUUCCAGCAUCUGCAUCGACUGCAUGGUAAAAGUCAAUGUUGCCUAUGAAUUCAGGGAGCAAUGUCAAAAGGCAGACAUAGAGCUCAGGAAGCUGUAUGGGAAAGUUUCAAGGGCAAAAGUUGCUGGCAAUUUUAUUGCUACAAAAGAUCAGUGUUGUCAGACUGAGCAAUCUUUUGGAUGCAAUCUCCUUGAUGCAAGCAAUUUGAAGCAUAAUAUAGAAAUUAAUGUGAGUAAUGAAGUUAAUGUGGACAAGAAUACUGUGCAAUCAAAUAUUAUGAAGCAAGAACAGACGCCAGACACCUUUGAACAAACCAGGCAGGAUCCAGUAGACAUUGAAAUGGAUUUGUAUAAUGAUGGUAGAUAUAAACAGAUCGAACCUGAUAAGAUAUUUAAAAAGGAUAUUUAUAGAACGCGAAGAUUAACUAUGUUUAAAAGAGUCACAUCUAUAGAAAAUUUGCGCAAUUACAAGGAGAGGCAGAGACUAUAUAUUAAAAAGAACGUCAAACACGAGAACAGCGAUAGCGAGUAUCAAACGAAGGUGAGAAAUGCUCAUGAUAAGACAGUGGACAGGUCGUCCAAACUUGAGUUACGAUACAAAUGUGAAAAAUGUGAUAGAUUUUAUUCUAGUAAGAAGUCUUUGGACAGACACAUGUCAACCCACAACGAUAAAGAGUUCAAAUGCGACAGCUGUGAUAAGCAAUUCUUGUGUCUGGAUAAAUUACACAAGCAUGUUAGUAUGCACAAGUCAGCGAAGGAGAAGCCAAAACCGGUGUUGUGCAAAAUCUGCAACAAGAGUUUCAGGAAGCUCGAUACCAUGGUCAGGCACCUUAACACGCACAAGAGAGCGUAUCCUAAAGACGUUUUUUCUAUUCUGAAGGAAAUACGGGACAGGAGAAAGCUGGAAAACAAUCCGGAGUCUCUUGAAACAUCAUUCAUGAGACUAGGCGAGGACGAGGAAGUGGCGCACGACGGGGGGUAUUCACAGAACGAGAACGAUCGUACGACGACGAGGGAGCUGAGAAAACGUAACAACCUGAGAAUGGAACAGCAAACAGAUUCGGAUUUGGUGAAUAGCGAUGACUCGAGCGACGAUAAGGCUGAAUCUCUCGAUGAGGACGCGUCGCUCUUCCGUUGCAAGCACUGCAGCAAGAGUUAUCGUACCGAGAGGUCGCUUCAACGUCAUCUGCUGGCGCAUAACGAGAGGAAAUACGUUUGCAACGUCUGCAACAUGAAAUUUUUCCGACAGGACAGGCUCAAGAGUCACAUGGACCGAUACGGUCACGAUGAGACCAAGGUAUGCCCAGAGCCGCAGAAACCGCCUGAUGACAAGUCGGCCAUCAAACUGAUAAACAUCUGGAUAAGAGAGGAGCUGGAUUCCGAUAACGAAGAUAAGGGCUUUCCGUGCAGAAUCUGCGGGAAGUCGUAUGAUACCAAGAAGUCUUUGCUAAAGCAUCAAAUGAAUGCGCACAGCGAACAGGCGGAUGAACGUUGCACAAACUGCGGCACCACGUGCAACUGCACAUGCAAAGAUCAGGAGAGAAGCAAUGAGAAAUUAAAGCCGUACAUCUGCGAGGAGUGUAACAAGUCGUUCGAAAAGGAGAUCAAGCUGCAUAAACAUCUGCGAAUUCACGAGCGCGCCAAGGAGCAGCAGGACACGAACUUCAAACGUUUUCUCUGCCACAUAUGCAGCAAAACGUUCCGACAGAACACUGGGCUGAUGUUUCACAUGCGAACGCACACGGGUUACAAGCCGCAUGUGUGUAAAUACUGCGGCCGUGGUUUCACGUCCAACUCGAACUGCAUCAAUCACGAGAGGACUCACACGGGUGAUCGGCCGUUCGUCUGUCAGUACUGUAGCGCCGCGUUCGCUAAAUCGUGCACCCUCAAGGCGCACAUCACCACGCACACCGGCGAGGCGAAUUAUCACUGCAAGACCUGCGGCAAGUCGUUCCGUCGCCUGAAGUACUUGAAGGAGCACAGAUUCACGCAUACAGGCGAGAAGCCGUACGCGUGUAAAAUUUGCGGCACUGCGUAUAGCCAUUCCGGUAGUCUGUUUGUACACGAGAAGAAAUGCAAGGCACAGUACAGUAAUUAUCAGCCAGGAAUUGCGCAAAAUGCGCAACAGCAGCAACAGCAACAACAAGUUUCCUACAGUCAAUCUCCUCAGACGACCGGCGGUGACAUUUCCGUGGCGUCUACCUCUUCGGUUGUAGCGCCUAUCAUCACCACGCUGCCUCAGACUCAUCCGAAUGUCAUUAACAGCAGUAUGAAUGUACAGCCGAACAAAAGUUACAUGGAUAAUAUUCAGCGGAUGAAUACGCAUGCACCAGCUAACACGACCACGGUUGUUUCGUCGGGUCUGCAUCCAAAUGUCGACAUCUCUGAAAUGAAUUCCGCCGUCAGGAACUUUUCUAUCAUUGGACAAAUGUUUCACACUUAGGAAAGCAAGAAACGUGAAACAAGACUACUGUGAUAAAUAUCUUUUUUUUUAUUUUUUAAUUUGUCAAGAUACAUUUACACUUCGAGUAUAGCAUAUAUAUUGCUUUCUUUUUCAAUAAUCAUUAUUAAGAUAAUUAUAUGUUUUGUAUUGUGCAUCACAAUAUGGGAAGAUGGGUAUAGAAUGUGUAUAUUUGUAUUGUACGAUUAUUAGAAAUUUUUAUUAUACAUAAUUUUUAUACGUAGAAUUCUUAUUGACUUGUAUAGCUGUUGUACGGAAAUAUUUGAUAACAUGUAAUGUUACAUUCUAUCAAUUAUCAAAGUGUUACUUCUGUAUAUACAAUCUUUAUACAGAUUCGUCUAUCAAAUCGAGCAAAAUUUUGUCAAUCACGAAUUCUUAUCAGUUUUGUUUUGUCGAAAAUAACGGAAGAACUGUAAAAAGAUUUUUGGAAAAUUAAUCUGAGAUGUGCUGGAGACUUUAAAAAAGGCUUAAAACUUGAACAUUAUAUUUUAAAAUAAAAAUAUUGUAUCUUUUAUAGUGUGAAUAUCAUUGAAUUUCUAGCGCAUCUUAUUUUGAGGAUAAACGGGUGUCAUAAGGUGAAAAUAUGGCACUUAAUAUGUAGACAAAAUUUUUUUACAUAUUAAAUUUACAUUGACGUUUUAA